CGAUGUUAACAUCGAUGUUUCUACCGCCUGCGGUCAUACUGAUUGCAACUUCCAAUUUUUUACAAAAAAAUCCAAUGAAAAUUAAAAAACAUCUUUUCGUACCUUUAAUGCAAUAAUAUGUGCAUUUUGAAGCAUGCCGAUUCAGGCUCCCUCAUGGACAGAUUUUCUGAACUGUCCCAUCUGCUGCAAUGAAUUCGCGGCCAGCCAGCGGUGCCCGGUCAGUCUGGGCUGCGGGCACACCAUCUGCAAGCUAUGCCUGACGACCCUCUACAACCGGCAGUGUCCCUUCGAUCAGACCGUGAUUGUCAGCGAGAUCGACAAUCUGCCCGUUAACCAUGCUCUGCUCCAGUUGGUUAAAGACUCGGAGCUCCUGGAGCUGGGACCACCACCGCCCAGUGUCCAGAAGCUGGAACCAGAGCAUCUGAAGUGCUAUCAACUGGGUCAGCGGUGCAUCGAGGAGCUGGCCUUGCAUCUGAAGUCCUUCCUCAACCUAAACGGAAAUGGCAAUCUCCUAACUCGACCCAUGCAACGGAAACUGGUUACCCUGGUCAACUGCCAGCUGAUGGAGGAGGAGGGACGAGUGAGGGCACUCCGGGCAGCCAGAUCCCUGGGCGAGCGCACAGUUACCGAGCUAAUCCUGCAGCAUCAGAAUCCUCAGCAGUUGAGCUCAAAUCUGUGGGCGGCGGUACGGACUAGAGGAUGUCAGUUCCUUGGACCAGCCAUGCAAGAGGAAGUGCUUAAACUGGUGCUACUCGCCUUGGAGGAGGGAUCUGCGCUAUCGCGCAAAGUGCUGGUCAUGUUCGUGGUGCAGCGACUGGAACCGCAAUUUCCACAGGCCUCCAAGACGAGUAUUGGACAUGUGGUACAGCUGCUAUACCGUGCCAGCUGCUUCAAGGUGUCCAAAAGGGAGGCGGACUCAUCGCUGAUGCAGCUCAAGGAGGAAUUCCGCACUUAUGACGCUUUGCGCCGCGAACACGAUGCCCAGAUCGUUCAGAUAGCCACCGAAGCGGGUCUGCGGAUAGCCCCGGAACAAUGGUCUUCCCUGCUGUACGGAGACGUGAUGCACAAGAGCCACAUGCAGAGCAUCAUCGACAAGCUGCAGACACCCAGCUCCUUUGCCCAAUCAGUCCAGGAACUGGUCAUCGCCUUGCAGCGGACUAGUGAUCCCGCGAAGCUGGCCAGUCUGCAUCACCACCUCAAGUACCUGGCCAACAUCGAUCCCUGUGCGGAGGUGGCACCCUGGCCGGAUUUGGCUGAAGCCCUAGAUGCAGUCCGUCAUUCGGUUGUGGGAUUGGUAAACUUCCUUCAGCACCAUGGCGUUCGCAAGGCCCAGGAUGGAAUCAGUGGCGGUGGCAGUGGUGGAACGGCCAAUAGCAAUCCCAAGUACAAGAUCAGCCUGUGCAGGGACUUGAAUGUACGGAGGGUGUGUCCCAGAGGUGCUAGCUGCACUUUUGCCCACUCCCAAGAGGAGGUCGAGCGCUACCGGGCCCGAAAUCGCGGUAAACAUAUAAAGACACCACUAACGCUGCAGGGACCGCCAGCCAUGGGCGGUGGAGCCAUCAAGAAGCCCCUAGGAGAGCAGGAUGGUACGGCCUUGGGAGUGGGAGUGCCACCCAUGUUGCCCAUGUCGCCCAUGCAUUUCAUGGGAUCCCCCAGGGGUUAUCUGGAGCCCAGUUUGGGUCUAUCGCCAGGAGGAGGACUUCCACCACAGCAGCCUCCACCGCCGCUGCUCCAUCCAUCGCAUCACAGUCCCAUUACCCGACUCAUAGUUCCCAACCGCUAUGAUCCUCGUUUCAGCGGCUAUGGCGUUGGUCAGCCGAGGAAUCCUUCGCCCAGGGAUUAUCAAACCAAUCCGGGAGCGCCACAGCAACGCAAUGCCAACCCACCGAAUUUCAGUGUGAACAGCAAUAUGCACAAGGGCUAUAUGAUGCCCGGCGGCGGAGGGGACGUCUUCCAUUUGGGCAACCCCUGGGAACAAACCUACCUGGCUCAGCAGCAGCAACUUCCUCCACAGCAUCCCCAGCAGCAGCAGCCACCGUCCAGCAAGCCGAAUCCCAACCGACCGUUGUCGAUUUUAGCCGCAACAGCUGAUACCUCAUUUUAUGAAAAGAAACCGCCGAAUAGUGUUAACAUAGAUCUGGACAGAGUCCCAGAGUCCGAUGUGGAUGCAGUGCCUCUGUUCCGGCGAUCCAACAAUAACAACCACAACAACAACAAUAGCAGUUCCCACAACAACAACAACAGUAGCAAUCAUGGCUCAUCGCUGCUCUUCUGGAAUAAUACGGGCAAAGAGUCGGCGAACUUUGUGAGAUCAGAUUCCAUAUUGGAUGACGAUGCGUCCACAUUCGAUGUGCCCACCGGCUCCUCCAUGCUGAGUCGCUACGGUCCUAUUUGUCCCAAGAGCAGCACGAACAGCAGCUGGAACAACUGGCUGCUGGACAACGACAGUGAUCUGGGAUAUGGUGGCUACAAGAGCGACAGGAACGAUAACUUCAGUGCCAACAAGCAGCAACAGCCGAUGUGGGGCAGAAAGCCACAGUUAAUGUCGGAGGACAGCUUCGAGGGCGGCAUCGACAGCGGUAUGAUGCAGCAGCUGGAGAAGAACCUGGUGGACAUCGUCGAUCCCGAUGACAGUGGGAUCAAGGUGGACUAGGGGCUACCAACCGGCUCACUCAGCCAGAGGAUAUUUCUAUAUAGGUGUUUAUAUAGAUCGUUUGGGUGGGAAGAGAAUAUGUAUAAUGCAAUCAUUUUACACAUCGUUAGAGGUUUGUACCGCACAGUUCAAACUUUGGUAGAAUUUCAAAUGUAAUUGUAGUUAAAACUGAUCCGACCGAUCCGUUAUUGGAUCGGAGCCAAAACAAAACAUCAAUUGGGUUGGGUACCGUCUAUUAGAAUCUAUUAAAUAAUUGUCUAAUUAGUUCAUUGUUCAAAUUUUGUGGAAAUGUGUUUAAUCAUGUUCGUGUUAUGUUGCAAAUUCGGGGAUUGUGUCUAGCAAAUGAAAAACUAAAAGCAAACAAAAAUAAACUCAAUUUAGAUCGUAAAAAUUUGUGUGUAGCCUAGAAUUCAGCUCAGACGCGUAGAUCUGCUAUAAAUACGAUCCGUAGGAAUUCCCCAAAAAGGUGAUCGCGAAUGAUGAGGUAUGCAAACGCUUGUUGAGAUCAGGCAACAUCCAGAUUUGUAUAGCAGCAGAGGUUUUAAAGCAAUUUUUUGUCAGAUUAAAUAGAAACUGUGCACUAAUUAACUGAAUCAUGAUCACAAGACUUUGAUAUCUAUGUAAAACUCAAAUUCUUAUCCAAAACAGUCUGUUUAUCAUCCCCCCCCCCUGAUUAUUUGUGAUCAAGUUUUGAUUGAUUGUGUAACGCUGUAAACAUAGAUAUAAACAUAUAUAUUUUUUUUAAUUAUUAACUAUUUCAAAACGCUAUUUUUAUAUAUACAAAAAUGAGCAGGGCUGAAAGGACCUGUGAAUCCUUUCGCUCUCAAAACACAAUCACACACAUACACUAACACGCAUACACAUUGAGCCACAGGACACGAACGAUCAUUUGUAUGUGUGUGAAAUGAAUGUUUAUAUUUCUUAAAGAAAUUUUAAUAACGCUAUUGUGCGAUGUUGUUAACUAUUGUACUAUAUAUUAUUAAAUUUAUUGAAAAUAAAUUAAAAUCACGUCCCCUUCUCCAAUUUUGUAAACUGUGAGAAAAGUAAAGCACAGAAAAUGUGACGAACAGAAAGUUUGAAUGUCAGUCAGGGCUUUGAGAACAUUUACACAUACCUACUCUAUGCAAAUAUAAAUUUAUAUUUAUAUCUAGAUACUAACCAAUUUGUGCGCUCUAUUAUUAAUAUUAUAUAUUAAUGUCAGUUGAGCCCGCGUUUUUCUUUCAAGACUAUGUACAUCAUUUUAAUUUGAAGAGAAAAUGAAAGAUUUUGUAACUUGUAUUUGUUAAGCGAUGAAAUCAGGAACCUUAUAUAUAACUGCGCUUGAUCAUAGAAGAAUAUAACAUAUAUAUCUUUACAAAUAUAUUUAUUGUUAACGAGUUUCGAUGCCGUGUGUGUAGUAGAAUCCAUGUAAAAAUAUAUUCCCCGGGCCCCGGGGAGUAUGUGUUCAGUUGUGAGCUAGUUAAAAUUGAUCGAAGCAAUUUUAAAACAAAAAAAAACAUACAUUUAAAUGUAUUUUCCUAUUACUCAGAAACUAAAGCAUUCAAUGUAUAGAAGUGAAUCGAGGGAGGUAGUUGAGAAUUCUUCAAUCUAUUCGUCUCCUUUGAAAUGUGAAAAGAAAGAAGGCUGGGUGGAGAGGCGACUAACUGCGUACUUAAGUUCCGAUUACGAUCUAGAUACAGAUUCAGAUCCAGAUUUAGCGUUCUCCGCCCUUCCUUUGGCUGUGGUGAAGUUUUUUUUAUAGCUUAAACCCAAUGGGUUCAGUUCAUAAUAACGUAUUUGUUGAGUUGAGUUUUGUAACUUUAUAAUUUACAAUCAGUCCAGCAACCCGCCAAAUCCCCCAAAACUCCAAAACUUCAAAAACUGACCGAGGCUCUUUUUUAUUCAGAUCGUGCCGAGCAAUUCACACAUACACACAGACAUUUUCUAUUUACACACACUUAUUUAAAUGCAUAUAUAUAUAUUUAUCUAUAUGUUAAUUAAAUGUAUUUUUGGUAUUAUCACUCAAUGUUUCUACCCUAAGCAAAUUUCGAGUUCUGUUAAUCAAAGUGGAAAAAAUAUGCAACAAAAAAAAUUAUUUAUUUUAUUUACCAAUAAAUUUUCACAAAACUUUUA